UGUGGGUAACCCAACAUUUCUUUUAUACUUUCAAGUAUAACUGGAAAAAAUGAAGAGGACCUUUCCCCCGCCACGAGGGCCUCGACCGAUAGUAAUGAACACGAGUAAGCGUGGCUGCUCCAGGAAGUACUGUACAAAAGGAACCCCGGCUUUGCUUUGCAAUAAAAGUGUUAACGGUUUAAGAGAGAGCAAGCGCAGCACAAAUUGGUGACGUUAUUUUUACUAUGAUCGCUUGGACGUUUCUUACUGUUCUUUGCCUUUUGCGUAAGUCAUGUUUUAUUUACAUUUCUUUUACAGCUUUUCAUUGUUUACUUUAAAGGAUCGCUGGGAUUAUUCAGUUUUUGCAGGUACUGCACGUCCUCCCGUUCAUCAGCCAGAUCAAGUCAGAACUGUGGCUCUUGGCAACGCGGUUACUCUUCAGUGUUUUUCCGAUAAAGACAACAUAUUUUGGUACAAGCAAAUUGCUGGACGACGACCUCAAGUCAUAUCAGCAUUGCAGAAAAAGUCAGACCCCAGAUUUUUCAAUGAAUUCAAAAAUCAUCGAUUCUCAGCCAACAGAUUGGGCACAACCUCCAAUCUGACCAUUUCAGACGUCGUUCGGUCGGACCAAGCGGUGUACUACUGUGGAACAAAAGCAUUUUAUAUCGAGUUUGGGAGCGGAACACGUCUGAUCGUUCAAGAUUUAGCCUCAAAUACCUCAGAGUCCGAUCGUCUAAGUGACUUGACAGAAUGCCAUCAUAAACGCUUUGAAAACAGUACACACCAAGUGAAGGACGACAUUUCAGAAGAAAGCCUCCGUCCAGCAGUGCUUGGAUUGGCGUGUGCUUUGGGACUUUGUGGAGUUCUAAUCUUUGCUCUAGUGGGGUUUAUAUUGAAGAUGCAGGGUUCUGGAAAUGACAACCACGUGAAAGGUGUUCAGGUAAGAGGAUGAAGAGGAAUCCUUAAAAUGUCAUUGCGAUUAGUUUGGACUGCCGAACGAGGAUGUUUUGUUCAGAUCCAACAACAACAUUGUAUUUAAACAUGCAUUUCAAAAAGCUACAUACAAUGAAAUAAGUGCAUGACUGUAUAGUCUGUGUACAUAUCGCUAUGAUAAAUGAAGUGAAUUCAAGGAGUCGGUUUUAUCAUUUUGCCAACCUUUUCUCUUUAGGAGGACAAUUUGACAUUCGCAGCUUUACGAUUCAGCCAGAGAAAAAUUAAAUGCAAAGGAGAGACAAAUGA